UGAUCAGCUGUGGAGAUCCAGGUGCAUUAGCAAACGGCAUGAAGUUUGGAAAUGAUUUUACCUUUAAUAAAACAGUCAGCUAUCAGUGCAAUCCAGGAUACUUGAUGGAGCCUGCCAGUUCAUCCACUAUGCGUUGUAUAAAAGACAGCACUUGGAACCAGAGUAAACCAAUUUGCAAAGCUAUUACCUGUGGCCCCCCUCCACCAGUACUCUAUGGGAAAGUGGAAGGAUCUGAUUAUCGCUGGGGUGCCAGUGUGAGUUACAGCUGUGCAGAAGGCUAUCAGCUAUCUAACACAGCUAUUCUCUCCUGUGAGGGUCGAGGAAUUUGGCGGGGAGACAUCCCACAAUGUUUGCCUGUGUUUUGUGGUGAUCCUGGUACUCCAGCAGAAGGACGCCUCAAUGGAAAAAGUUUCACCUACAGAUCUGAAGUUACCUUUCAGUGCAGACCCCCUUUUAUUCUGAUAGGCUCUUCAAGAAGAUUUUGUCAAGCAGAUGGUACUUGGAGUGGAAUUCAGCCAACAUGCAUUGAUCCAGCUCACAAUACAUGCACAGAUCCUGGUACUCCACAUUUUGGAAUACAAAACAGUUCCAGAGGUUAUGAGGUUGGGAGCACAGUCUUUUUCAGAUGCAGAAAAGGUUAUCAUAUUCAGGGAUCUACCACCCGUUCGUGUCUUGCAAACUUAACUUGGAGUGGCAUACAGUCUGAAUGCAUUCCUCAUGCCUGCAGGCAGCCAGAGACACCGGCACAUGUAGAUGUGAAAGCGAUAGAUCUUCCUACUUUAGGGUAUACGUUGGUGUAUACCUGUCAGCCAGGAUUUUUUCUUGCUGGUGGAUCAGAACAUCGGACAUGUAAACCAGAUAUGAAAUGGACAGGAAAAUCACCUAUUUGUAAAAUUCCCUCAGAUGUGUUUUUUAUAAAUUCACUGUGGAAAGGGUUUUAUGAAUAUUUAGGAAAAAGACAGCCUGCUACUCUGACUGUUGAUUGGUUCAAUACUACAAGCAGCAAAGUGAAUGCCACAUUCAUUGAGGCAUCCAACAUACAACUCAAACUAUCAGGUGUUUACAAGAAAGAAGAAGCCCAUUUGCUCUUGAAAGUUUUUCAGAUUAAAGGACCUAGUGACAUUUUUGUAAGCAAGUCUGAAAAUGACAACUGGGCACUAGAUGGUUAUGUAUCCUCAGGGCUUGAAAGAGGUGUUUUUACCUAUCAAGGUGAUAUACAUGGAAAAGACUUUGGAAAAUUUAUGCUCCAAAGACAAGGUCCUUUAAGUGCAGACACAGACCUUUCAAAUCACUAUUAUGGUACAAACAGCAGUUCUGUCGCAGCUGCCAUCCUGGUACCAUUCUUUGCUCUAAUAUUAUCAGGGUUUGCAUUUUACCUCUACAAACACAGAACAAGACCAAAAGUACAGUACAAUGGGUAUGCUGGACACGAAAACAGUAAUGGACAGGCUUCAUUUGAAAAUCCCAUGUAUGACACAAACUUAAAACCCACAGAGGCAAAGGCUGUGAGGUUUGAUACGACUCUGAACACAGUUUGUACAGUG